AGAGACAGCGCAGAGUCAAAGAGGCAAGUGGGCCGAUUGCUGUGGUAGUAAGAUGGCGACUGCUGCCAAAACUACUCCUCAGGAUUUACCUCCUGCGGGCGGCUACGGGCCACUCCACACAGAAAGGGUUAAGCUGAGAACUAUUCUUUCGGGACGAAAUGCGAUCUUGGGCUACUUUGCAGUCACCACCGGAGCAUUACUCGUUUAUGCCCAGACCUAUAAGGCCUUCAGAAAACAUGAGGUCGAAAUGAGAAGUGCAAGACUUGCAAUAUAUCCAAUGCUUCUGGCUGAGAGAGAUCGAGAAUUCCUGAAGCAGUUGAAGCGCAACCGUGAAGCGGAAGGUGAACUCAUGAAGAAUGUGCCAAACUGGGAGGUGGGGACUUGGUACGGAUCACCAGUAUUUAAAACUACCCCUGCCGAUAAACUCACCGAACCAGCUUUAUUCGAGUACUACGCGUUUGCAUCGCGUCGCGAUUAUAUCAACAGACUAGAUUUUGAAAUGUGGACUUGAGGUGAGAGGCAAAAAUAAUCACCCAGAGUUCAAUUUGACUCGUGAUGCUUCAUAGUGCAACCAAUUGUAAUUAUUAUAAUACAGGAAAUAAAAGUAACUAAUCAAUAUCA